AUGGAACGUGGAGCUGAGUUCCCUCACUUUGGCAACAGACAUGCAAAAUCAAGCUCUGCUCCGAGGCUAGUAUUGCCUGUCGACCCAAACAGCAACAUACCCAACUUCAUCACCAACAUCAACACAAACAAUGCCAAUGCCAAUGCUAAUCUCAAUGUCAAUGCCAAUGCCAAUGCCAACACUAGCAAUGGAAAUCAACGUGCCCACCCAUGCAUUAUACGUGAACAAGACCAGUACAUGCCUAUAGCCAACGUGAUACGCAUCAUGCGCCGCAUACUCCCAUCCCAUGCAAAGAUAUCGGACGAUGCCAAGGAGACCAUCCAAGAGUGUGUGUCUGAAUACAUCAGCUUCAUCACCGGCGAGGCCAACGAGCGUUGCCAGCGCGAGCAGCGCAAGACCGUGACCGCGGAGGACGUGCUUUGGGCAAUGGGGAAGCUGGGAUUUGAUGACUAUGUUGAGCCACUCACUGUGUACCUCAACCGCUACCGUGAGGCAGAGAAUGAUCGCAACAAUAUGCGUGUUGAUCAGCUGCCUUAUGUUGGUUUUAAGCGUAGCAUGGAUUAUGGGCCUGUUGGUGUGCCUCCAGGCCCACCACCUUAUGGGCCGGGCUUUCAGAUGGCCCAUCACCCGGGUAUGUUUGAUGCUUCUGCAAUGGGUGGUGGUGAGUACCAUAAUGGGUCUGGCGCUGGUGGGUCUUCUUCUUCUUCUGCCGGUGCUCAGAACAGUGGUCUGCCUAGCUUUGAUCCUUAUGCUCAGUUCAAAUGAA